AUGAACGAUGUUGGCUUGCAUCACCCUGUUGUUGAUGAGACCAGUCAUAAUGUUGAGGAUGCUGUUGACCAUGGAAUUAAUGAUCCAUCCACUGAUAAGUGCAAGGGUCCUAUUGUUGGCGAUGAGCCUUGUUUGCCCAUUGGUGAUGUUGCUUUGAAUGUUAGCAGCAGCAAGAUCGAUGAUGUUGAUGUGAAUGCUUCCAAGAUUACUGAUGUUGAGCGUGAGGUUGUCCUUAGUGGUGGAGAUGAUGCUCGUGGUGUUCCAUUGAGUAGUGGGCGCAAUGUUGGUAACAAAGUUGCUGAUGAGGAUGCUGGCGCUGCCGGCAUACUUGAUGCCAAAUCGCCUGGUGUUGGUAUUGCUGGGAAUGAAAAUGUUCCUGAUUGUGAAGAUUUUCCGCCGGAGAAUUUCCCGCUUGGAGGUCUUGAUUACGGUGAUGCAUUGCAAGAUGCUUCUAGCAUGGAGGAGGAACUACUGUCAUCGUCAAACCCUGAUGGUCCAGAAAGUGGUAAUGUUGUUAAGGUUGAUACGUUUUUCUUCGCUGUUACGAGGUUGCGCACGAACCGUAUGAAAUGUCACAAGCCAAUGUUUCAAAAUAAAGAAUGUGAUGCCAGUGUUGGUUCUAUUGCUAAAGCAUUUGUCCCCACUGGCAUGCUCAACUUAGACAGUGCUGACGUUCUUUUAUAUUUUCUAUGUCAGAAGUACCGAGACACUAACAAGUUGAUAGUUCCCAGAUGGGUGACGCUUCUUUUCCCUACAUUUGAUCCACCGUCAUUUGUGGCUACCAUGAAGCCUAGCGAAGAAUCUGGGCAUUGGUGCUUGAUUGGUCUGAAUUUGAGGUUCCGUCGUUUCGAGUGUCUUGAUUCACUCCGUGAUGAAACCUGGGGUGAUGCAGUUAGAUUCUUAAGGAAUAUGACAGAUAAUAUAAAGAAGCUUUGGAGGGAGUCGAGUGUAGAUAGGGCCAAACCGUUCUCGCCGGUGCAUAUUGAUGGUUUCUCUUGCGAGUUUGUGCGGGUGCCGCAGGUCGAUUACAGCCAUGAAGACAUUCUUGACAUUAGGAAGACUUUGUUGUAUACCUGCGCAACUAGCGAUGUGUUUGAUGUUGACUUCCGAGGUUUGUUUGGCAUCAAACCCUGUGAGUGCCUGGAUCUUGGUGAGCAUGACUACAGGUUCUUUGGCAGCCAGUUCUUGAAGCUCGAGCGGUGUUAUGAAGGGGUGGUUGGGAGCUCUGAGAGGUUCUACGGCUGCUUGUGCAGAGAGCCCUACUACACCCAAGAAUCCCAUUGUGACAGCGAUGAUGAUGUGUUUGACAAGAUUGCUAGCGUUGGAAGAGUCACGAGGAGCGCUGCUGCCAAAGGUUUAUCUCCCCUUGCUGGAAUAGUGGCUCGUAGAGCUGGUGGUGCUAGGAAAGAUCCUGCUUUGGAUUCUGGCAAUGUUGUAAGCACGAAGCGUGCGCCCAGAGCUCCUAUAAAGUUUUGCUCCCCUAUGCAGCAGCUUCACCCUCAUAAAUUCCCUCACCUGGACAAGGCUCGCAGGUUGUAUAAUCUGUUGCUUAGUGAUGAAUGGCGUGAGAAGUAUGCCGAGAAUACAUUCUCAAUGAUACCUCAGCCUGAUGAAAGCGUAACUAGCUUCACCAGGAAUCGCAUUUGGGAAGUUUUUACACCUGGGCAAAUGAUGGAGGGUGAUGUAAUGGAUUUCCUCAUUGAUGAUUGGAAGCAAGACCCCGAGAGAAAUGCUGAUUUCGCAUCUGGGAAAAGGAUAUUGCUGAGUCCAUAUUUCAUCACGGUUGUGCUUGACUGUUCGUUUUACGGUGAUGAAAAUAAAGUGUUUAAUGUGGAGAGUGCACCGAGAGAUUUCAAGAGCUAUGUUAAAGAUAAGGAAGACUUGCUCAGUGCCGACCUAAUUUCUAGAUUGGUCCAAGUAAUGAAGGCUAUGUAUGGUGAUGCUCAGUACAAUGUGAGCAAGCAGCCCAAUUAG